AUGUUGAACACUGCCCCUCAACAACUAAUCACCCAAGAUGCGGAGACCGAGCGACACACCCACACUGCAAGCCCUGCUGAUGCCGAAAUCGCAUCGCCACUCAAAGCUCAAGACAAUACCCUGGAUUAUGGAGUACAGGAAAAAGGACAGCAACAAGCUGCGGCCGACGACCCUCAACCGCCGGCCGACCCCAAGCUCAUCAAUGGCUGCUCCAGGGGCAAGAUCGCCAUGAUUAUGCUGGCGCUGUGUCUGGCCGUCUUCCUCGGCGCUCUGGACAUUACAAUUGUAACCACAGCGUUGCCCACGAUUAGCGCCGAGUUCCAAUCGAGCGCUGUCUACACGUGGAUUGGGUCUGCUUUCCUGUUGGCUAAUGCCGCAUCUAUCCCGUCUUGGGGCAAGAUAUCAGACAUCUUUGGCCAGAAGCCCAUGCUGCUGCUUGCCAACGUCAUUUUCAUGGUCGGCUCCGUGAUUGGUGGCCGCGCUGUUCAAGGCCUCGGCGCAGGUGGUCUGACAAUUCUUGUUAAGAUUGUCAUUGGUGACAUCUUCCCUUUGAACAUUCGCAGUGUUUUUUACGGCGUUAUUGGCGGUGUGUGGGCCGUAGCCGCUGCAACCGGCCCGGCGGUCGGUGGCGCAUUGACUGAGAAAGUCUUGUGGCGAUGGUGCUUCUACAUCAACCUCCCCCUUGACGGUAUUGCUGUCCUUAUCAUCUUCUUCUUUCUCGACAUCAAGACCCCGCGCACGCCGCUUCUCGCAGGGCUUAAGGCUGUUGACUGGGUUGGCUUGUCUUUGAUAGUUGCCGGCACGCUCUUGUUCCUUUUCGGUCUUCAGAUUGGCGGCACUCAAGCGCCAUGGGGCUCGGCCAAGGUCGUUUGCAUGCUUACUUUUGGCUUACUUGCCUGGGCGCUGUGCAUCUUUUGGGAAGUGCGCUACGCUAAGUUCCCUGUCAUGCCUAUGACCUUGUUCAGAAAAGUCACCAACGCCGCCACGCUUUUUUGCGUUUUCGUCCAAGGCGUGGUCUUCAUCUCCUCCGACUACUAUCUCCCCCUCUAUUUUCAGACCAUACGCGGGUGGACUCCCCUCCAAUCAGGUCUCUUGGUCCUGCCUACUGCAAUAACGCUAUCUAUUGGAAGUCUGUCGACUGGUUGGUUAGUCGCAAGGACGGGUUGGUACUUGCCGCCUAUCUGCUUCGGUCUCUUCUUGAUGACCCUUGGAUACGGACUGUUCAUCGACUUCGACGCUUACAGCAGCUGGCCAAAAAUCAUUCUCUUCCAGGUUGUGGCAGGUUUAGGCGUUGGUCCCCUCUUCCAAGCCCCCAUCAUUGCGCUCCACGCUCACACCAAACCGCGGGACGUAGCCACUGCUACUUCAACCCUCGGGUUCAUUCGCCAGAUUGCCCAGUGCAUCUCUGUGACUAUAGGGCAGGUUGCAUAUCAAAACGAAAUGGCCAAAAAAGAAGCCACACUCGUCGCCUCUGGUAUUCCACCUCCUAUGGCAAGUGUACUAACCUCCGGAGGAUCAGGCGCCGAUGCCCAGAUCAUUGGCAGCCUCCCCCCAGACCAACGAUCAGCCGUCCGCGUCGCUCUCGCAAAGUCUCUAGAACCAAUGUGGCUCAUGUAUACUUGUUUUGCCGCCUCAGGCCUGGUUGCUUCGCUUUUCAUCCGACGAAAAAUCUUGGCCCACGAACACGUGGAGACCAAGACGGGUUUGGAAGCCGAGCAUGAGAACGCCGAGGCUCGGCGUCGUGAGCGUGAAGGGAAAAAGAAGACUUGA